UGGUCAGAGUUGGCAACUGUAUUUCAAGGUGAUAAUGUCCAGUGAUACAUGAAGGGACAAAUAAGUUACAUUACAGUAGAUUGUAUUUAAUUAUCUUUGACUCUUUUGACAAUAAUACACCUCUUUACUUGGGUUUUGUCCUUUAGUGAAACACUGACCUGUAUCUCACUGCAGAUUUGCAGUAUAAGCCAGCUUUGUCCUUAUAACCUAAUGUCAGUUUUUUGACCAGCUGGUGUUCAUAGCAAUGCUCAAUAUCCUUUGGGGUAGUGUACUAGUCAAAGUCAUUCAGGAUUGUCUGUUUCUAGUGUUCUCUGUUGGAAAUGUUACGAGACCAGAUAGUGCUAUUUUUAGUUGUAUAGUUUAUUGGCACCAUGAUUUCGGUAUAAGGCUCUUAACUAUACCCAGCGCCACUUCAUGCAUGCUGCCGUGCCACUAUAUAUAUAUAACAUCACACGUAAUGCUGUCUGGAUUAGGAUUUUGUCAGAGACUGCUGCAACAUACUGUAUGACCAGUAUAAAUCGCAACAAGUUUGACGGGCAGGCCGUGUCUGGCUGACCAGGUCAAAGAAAGCUGUUAUCCAUGGAACUUCAACACUUGAAUAUCAGUGGAACAAGUGGUAACAGUAAAAAAGAAAACCGUAGAACAUGUCAAUGCAUGAGGAUUCUCCAUCGGAGGUGUUUUGUGCUUCUCCUGGCUGUGGGGAUCCUGGUGAUCUUCUACGUAACCACCCUCUUCACUCUUCAUAUAAGCCAGACCCCACUCUGGCUGCUAGGAGGCCAGGAUCUAACUCCUCUCUCUUAUAUCAAUGGAAAUGAGGGGGAGUUUUUUCCACCAUACAAUGUAGCAUACCCACAGAAAUAUAAGUUUGUCCUGGAUGAGCCUCAUGAGUGCCAGGACCGCAGCCCCUUCCUGCUUCUGAUGGUGCCAGUAGCUCCUGGUAAUCUGGUAGCCCGGGAGGAUAUCCGGAAGACUUGGGGUAAGGAGAGCCUGGUUCUGGGACGGGCUGUGCGUCUGUUCUUCCUGUUGGGCCUGCCCAGUGGAGCGGAGGCAGAGAGGAUGCAGGAGGAGGUGCUGCUUGAGAACCAGCAGUACCAUGACAUGCUGCAGAGUGACUUCCAGGACAGCUACUUCAACCUGACCAUCAAGACCAUGGUGAUGCUGGAGUGGCUGGCCUCUCGCUGCCCCGGCGCCUCCUUCGCCAUGAAGAUCGACUCUGACAUGUUCCUCAAUGUGCACAACCUGGUCAACAUGCUGAUAGACCCAACUACACCAAAGCACAACUACAUCACUGGGAAGUUCAGCCAAAACACACAAGUGGUGAGAGACCGCACCUCAAAGUGGUACAUUCCCAAUAAGGUUUACCCCAGUACCAAAUUCCCUCCCUACCUUUUGGGAAAUGGUUAUGUCUUUUCCAUAGAUCUUCCUGAGAAGAUAGUGGAAGCAUCCAAACAAGUCCGUGCCAUAUUUUUAGAGGAUGCCUACCUGGGUAUGUGUCUGAGCCAUUUAGGGAUUGCAGCCAGUUACCCACCUAACUCUUCCCUCUUCAAGCUUUCCAUGCCCUACACUCAUAAUCGCUGUUACUACUCUACUGUCAUCACUACCGAAAUGGACCAUGUGAGUGACCUGCUGCGAGUCUGGGAGGACUUACAGAGACCUGGCACCCCCUGCUAAGGACAAUGAAUACCUCUUAAAGCUUUGAAUCCUUACCCUGCUAAGGACAAUGAAUACCUCUUAAAGCUUUGAAUCCUUAUAAGUAUUAAACACACUAUGUAAGCACAUGCAUACAAGUACUAAACAAAUAGGUAGGCACAUGCGCACACACACACACGCACACACACAGGCAUCAUGGUAUCAUAGUAUAAUUCACUCACUCUCAAACAGCUUUUUCAUGUCAUUCUAAAGUAGUAACAUGUUAUUACAUGGUAAUUACCACAUGAUAUGACCAGAUAAUGUUGUUACAAUAACAGCAUUACUACACAAGUAGAGCUACGUAUUGUGUAGUGUUACUGCUCGAUCUUGCAAGUAUAAUUUCCCAUGACUGUCUUAAAUUCAAAUGGCAACGUGGGAUCUUGUGUGUAUCUAUGAAGUAAGUAUCAAAUGAUGUUCAAAGACGAGCAUGAUCUGUGUGUAUCACAUUAUCACAUGUGACAGUAUAGUUUCUCAAUUUCUGUACAUCAUCAAGACAAACUCAUAUGUGGACACAACAUAACAGCUACCGUGCUGUUACACACCAGCCUUUUUCUACUGCACAAGAUUUUCACUGUCACUAGAUGGCAGCAGUGAAUUUGACUUAAACAUUUGUCUUGUGUGCUAUUGUUUUGGUUGCUUGUGAUUUGUACACUCAGUUGAUGCCUACUUAAGAUUGAUAUUGUUACAAAUUCCUGGAAUGUUUGUAAAAAUGUUCAACUGAAUAAAAACGCUUAAACUAUU